CUCUGACUCAACCCAACUCCACACCGCAAAAACCCCCAAACCGAUCAAACCUCGAACCCAUCCAAAAAUGAACAAACUAAAAAUGAAAUCAAAAGACCCAUUGGCAUCAUCACAAGAAACCUCAAAACUAAACGAAUUCGAUAUAGAAAACUAUAAAAGAUUACAACCAAUAAACUAUUUAAAACAAAUGAUUAAAGAAAACAAAAGAUCAGAUUUGAUUAGAAGUUCAGUACGUCAGAUUAGGUUGAUUAAAAUUAAUAAUAAUUCGAUAUCAACUUCAAAUGGUUCAUCUUUAGUUUCGAUUGGUAAUACGUCAGUUUUAUGUGGUAUCAGGUUCGAAGUAUCAGAACCGAAUUUCAUGAAUCCAAACCAAGGAUACAUAAUACCUAAUAUAGAGAUCGGAUCACUCUGUUCAUCGAAAUUCAAACCAAACCAAAUCAAUGAACAAUCCCAAACGAUCUUAACCCAACUAAAAAUGAUUCUUAAAUCAUCAGAAAUCAUAGAACCAAGUUCAUUAGUAAUCCAACCAGAAAAACUAGUAUGGGUAAUUUACAUCGACGUGAUCUGUUUAUCAAAUGACGGAAACGUUCUAGACGCCUCGAUAAUUUCCAUUACCCAAGCUCUUCAAACAGCUAAAAGACCUCAAGUAGAGUUUGACAUAGAAACGAAUGAAGUCAUUUUACUUGAUCCGAACUUCUUUGAACCUAUUCCGAUCCCACUAAACCAUACGAUCCAUCCUUUCACCUUUUCGAUCUUUGAAAAGAGGGAAUGGUUAGUAGAUCCGACUUUGUUUGAAGAAGAUCAUUCCAAGGGAUCGGUUACAGUCGUUUUGGAUUCGAAGAAAAAGUUGAGGUAUCUUUUGGUUUCGGGUGAGGUUCAGCAGGGGUCUGGUGUUUUGAAUGAUUGUCUUCAGUUUAGUUUUAAUAAUUUAAACAUCAACUCUUGAAAAGCAAAAACCAAACAAAAACAAAAACCAAGAAUGAAAACGAAAAUGAAAACAAAAAUGAAAACAAAUACGGUGUUGGAAUUGUAAUGGAAGAAAUCUAUGUAUUUUUUUUUUUUGGUUUAAAUCAAGUUCAUUUCUUGAUUAAGUAAAUCACAAAACCUUUUUGGACCACC